AGUCGAGUCCCGUGAGUCCGGGCAAGCGGUUCGUAUAGCAGCAGCUCUACCUGGCGAUCCGCAGUGUGUGCUCUGCAGAGCGUUGUGCUGUCUAAGCGCAACACUGCGCGCUCAGCCCGACCAGAGCUCUAUAUUUACGAUACGCUUAUAGGUUAUCGGAGGCACAGGUUACGCUGAUGCGAUACGCGCAUAUACAUACAUACAAGUAAACAAAGAGUCGCCGGUCCACGUUUUCGAUAAGCAGCGCCGAUCGUCGGAGAUAAGUGAUAUAUACAUAUACACAAGAGCUGUGCGCGAGGAUACUAGACGGACAGUGUGAGUGUGUGUGCUGUGUUGCCGAGAUAAAAUAUAUCCGAGAGCGGAUUCUGCGCGUCGCACGGCAACGCCGCGGUCAACCAGUGUGUUUUCCUCGAAGCAGCAGCAGCAGCAGCAGCGUCUCUCGCCGAGUCGCUCGAUGUCGCACCAGUGAGAGGCAGUAGCUGCGACGGAGGCGGCAACGGCAACGGAGCAGACAAGGACGGCGACGACCACAGCCCGGCGAAAUUGCCGGCAUAGACUAGCCAGGGGCAACCGAUUGUCACAGUGCGCUGCACCAGCUGCGUAACUGCAGUCUUAGCCGAGACAGUGAGAUAGAGAGAAAGAGAAAAGGAGAGGAUAAACUUGUGCGCGGUUGUGUGUUGACUAGUGUAAACAGCCUAUACUGUAUAACAGCGCGGGCUACGCACAGAUUACAUAGUGACUAGUGAUAAUUUUUUGGUUGUUCGGUGAACGCGGACACGCGGGCCAGCAAUACGAGGCGACUGUACACGAGCGAAGAGCGAGCGACGCCGAGUCGUCGCUGGAUACGACUAUCUGCACAUUUUGAUUGCGCAACCGGUGGUGCAUCCAGGUCGCUGAGGAUGGGGCCAGGGCGGGCGGGCGGUUGGGCCCGCGGGGCGCUGCUGCUGUGCCUGCUGGCGCUUCAGCUGGAGCUGCUCCUGGGCUCGCCCGACGCCAUAGUCGCCCAGUUCCAGGAUCCCGAGGUCGAGCGCAUGAACCACCUCGUCGUCGACAAGAACACCGGCCGCGUCUACGUGGGCGCGGUGAACAGGCUCUACCAGCUAUCGCCGGCCCUCGAGCUCGUUGUCAAGGAGGUGACCGGACCCCAGAAGGACUCGCCCGAGUGCUCCAUGAUGGACUGUCCCCGGGAGGUCGUGAAGAAGCUCCUCGACAACGUCAACAAGGCCCUCGUCAUCGACUACACCACAACUCGGCUCAUCUCCUGCGGAAGUCUCUUCCAGGGCAUGUGCAUGGUGCGCGACCUGGGCAACAUCUCCAACAUCGUGCAGGAGGUGAAGGAGCCCGUGGUGGCUAACAACGCGACGGCCUCGACGGUGGCGUUCAUCGCCCCGGGUCCGCCCAACCCGCCGGUCAGCCAGGUCAUGUACGUCGGCGUGACCUACACCGGCAACUCACCGUACCGCUCGGAGGUGCCGGCGGUGAGCUCGCGCAGCCUCGACAAGGAGCGGAUGCUCAACAUCGCCGACUCGGCCGUGACGACCGGCACCCGGAUGUACGUGAACUCGCUGUCGCGCGAGCGCUACCCCAUCAACUACGUCUACGGCUUCAGCAGCGAGGGCUUCAGCUACUUCCUCACGACCCAGCUGAAGAGCACCAGCACCGCGGUCUACAUCUCGAAGCUAGUGCGCGUCUGCCACGACGACCAGCACUACUACAGCUACACCGAGAUCCCGAUCGAGUGCACGAGCAAGGGCAAGACCUACAACCUCGUGCAGGCGGCCUACAUGGGCAAGGCCGGCUCGGUCCUCGCCGGCGACCUCGGCAACACGCCCCAGGACGACGUGCUCUUCGCCGUCUUCGCCGAGAGCGACGGGCCCAACAACAGCAAGCCCAAGGCCCAGUCGGCCCUAUGCGUCUACUCGCUCAAGGCCAUCCGCCGGCGGUUCAUGAGCAACAUCCAGAAGUGCUUCAGCGGCGACGGCGAGCGCGGCCUGGACUUCAUCUCGCCCAGUCACAACUGCGUCUCAACGAAGCUGCAAACGAUCGGCGAGGACUUUUGCGGACUGGACGUGAACACGCCGCUGGGCGGCCGAGAGCCGAUGACCGCCGUGCCGGUGAUCACCUUCGACAAGACUCUCCUGACUGCAGUCGCCGCGACCUCCACCAGCGACUACACCGUCGUCUUCCUGGGAACGAGCACGGGACAUCUCAAGAAGCUGGUGGUUGAAUCGGCGUCGCAGGCUCAGGAGUACGGCGACCUCGAGAUCGAUCCCAAGUCCCCGGUGAACCCGGACCUUCUCUUCGAUACCCAGCACCAGAUGCACCUCUACGUCAUGACCGAGAAGAAGAUCUCGAAGGUGAAGGUGCAGGAGUGCUCGGUCUACAAGACCUGCUGGGAGUGCCUCAACGCCAAGGACCCCUACUGCGGCUGGUGCUCGCUCGAGAACAAGUGCAGCCUGCGGAGCGACUGCCAGGACGCCGCCAAGGACCCGCUCUACUGGAUCUCCUACAAGAGCGGCAGGUGCACGACCAUAACCAGCGUCAACCCCGACCAGCUCCAGAGGACCACCGCGAGGACCCUCGAGCUCGCCAUCGAGAACCUGCCCAGUCUGCCCGGCCAGUUCCUCUGCGCCUUUUCCGCCCUCGACAAGACUCUCAUCACCAACGCCACGAGGAAGUCCUACGGAGUCAACUGCACGACGCCGCGCACGGACCUACUGCCCCCGAUCCCUCAGGGCCAGCACCACUUCACUGCCAAGCUCUCCGUCAGGAUGACCAACGGGCCCGACCUCGUCGCCACGGACUUCACCUUCUUCGACUGCAGCACGCACAGCUCCUGCACGCAGUGCGUCUCCUCGAACUUCCCCUGCGACUGGUGCGUCGACGGGCACAGGUGCACCCACGACACCGCCGAAAACUGCCGCAACGACAUCCUCGUCACGGGCGUCAGCAGAAUGGGUCCGAGCUACAGGAGUGGACCGGCUUUCUGCCCGACGAUUAACGCCACCGAUUCAAAGGAGAUUCUCGUCUCGUCCGGCAUCAAGAAGACCAUACGAGUCAAGGUUCACAUCAUAGGGCAAUUCAUCAUCCAGACUCGCUUCGUCUGCCAAUUCAACAUCGAAGGCCGAGUCACAAGUGUUAACGCUCGGCUGCUCGCCGACACAAUCUACUGCGAUGACACUGAAUUCUCGUAUACGUCGCGCCAGCCAAACAUAACUGUGCCAUUUGCCGUCAUCUGGGGUGGUUCCAAGCCUCUCGACAAUCCUGACAACAUUCACGUCGUUAUCUACAGGUGCCGCGACAUGGCCGACAAUUGCGGCAUGUGUCUGGCGCUCGCGGAAAAGUACGGUUGCGGUUGGUGCAUGACGUCGGACCGUUGCGAGGUCAAGGAGCAGUGCGACAAGGGUAGCGGCACCUGGCUCGAUCGCAAUCAGACUUGUCCCAAUCCGGAAAUCCUCAGGUUCGAGCCUAUGAUAGGCCCCUGGGAAGGACACACCAACAUCACCAUCACCGGUAUCAAUCUCGGAAAAACUUUCAAGGACAUAUACCAAGGCGUCACCGUCGUUGGACUCACCUGUCAGCCCUACGAAGAGCUUUAUAUACGCACCAAGCAAAUCGUGUGUCGCGUCGACGGACCCGGCGACAACAAGAUUCGCGAAGGCCCGGUGAUCGUCAAGAUCGAGGACUUUCGCGGCCAGUCCAAAGAUUACUACAAGUUCGUCGACCCCAAUAUCACCGCGAUUUCACCGACCCACGGUCCAGUGAGCGGAGGCACUCGUCUACGCAUCACUGGCGUCUACAUGAAUGCCGGCAGCCGUAUUCAGGCCUUUAUCGACAAUCUUCCCUGUGAAAUCAACAAUACCGAGCACGACGAGGUUCUGUGCAUUACCAGCGCCAGUCCGGAAAAGCGUAAGGCACCGGUCGUCAUGUAUUUCGACAAAUCCAAAAGGCAGUACAACGGCUUCUUCGAGUACGUCGACGAUCCGAAAAUUGAGAGCGUCGAGAGUGGUGUUGGUGGGGGACAGCUCAAAAUACCAAAGGGCAUUCCGUCCGGCGGUAUUAAAAUCAGCAUCACUGGAAAGAACCUUGGAUACAUCCAAAAGCCUGAAAUGUACGUUUAUUACGAAGGCAAACAGUACUUUUCGCAGGCCUGCAGUAUCCUCAGCCAGACCAACAUGAUUUGCAAAUCGCCCGAGAUCGACGUGCUGCUCGGUGCUCUGGAUGCCGAGAAACCGCUGUCCCUGGAGUACGGCUUUCGAAUGGACAAUGUUGCCCGAGUUCAGAAUCUCACGCAGCAGGGACUGCACCCAUUCCUGCUCUACCCUGAUCCAGUCUACGAUGUUUUCGACACAGAAGUCAAGUACUACAAGAGCGACUAUCUCACCAUCAACGGCCAACACUUGGACCGUGCCUGCCAAGAAUCCGACGUGGUUGUCAAGAUCGGCGACAGCUUUUGCAAUGUGACAUCCCUCUCGCGACAGCAGUUGACUUGCAGACCCCCAUCUACACAACCGCCGGCUCUCGACUCUUCGGGCAAUCCCAAACCAGACCUUCCAGAGGUUAUCGUCACCGUGGGUGGCAACCUCAAGUACAAAAUCGGAAAGCUGAGCUACGCUAUGCCCGCUGGACUAAACGGCCCUCUAUCCAAGCCCGCUAUAUUCGGCGUAAGCGCAGCCAUCGUGAUUUUGGUCAUAAUCUUUAUCGCCUUUCUGAUCGCCUACCGACGCAAGUCCACCGAGAGCAACCGAGUGCUCAAGAAUAUGCAGGAACAGAUGGACAUUCUGGAACUGAGGGUAGCAGCCGAGUGCAAGGAAGCCUUCGCCGAACUACAGACAGAGAUGACAGAUUUGACCGGAGAUUUGACCAGCGGUGGAAUUCCCUUCCUGGAAUAUCGAGCCUAUGCCAUGAAUAUACUCUUCCCCUCUGACGACAAUCACGUUGUGCUCCAAUGGGACAGGCCCGAGCUCAUGCGCAAAGAGAAAGGUUUGAGGCUGUUUGGUCAAUUGAUCAUGAACAAGACUUUCCUGCUACUAUUCGUCAGAACUUUGGAAAGCAAUCGCUAUUUCUCUAUGCGUGACCGAGUAAAUGUAGCGAGUCUAAUAAUGGUAACACUGCAGAGCAAGAUGGAAUAUUGUACGGAUAUUCUGAAAACCUUGCUUGCCGAUCUAAUCGAGAAAUGCAUGGAGGGAAAGAGCCAUCCCAAGCUGCUUCUUCGAAGAACCGAGAGUGUCGCCGAGAAAAUGCUGACGGCUUGGUUCACCUUUCUGCUGUACAAGUUUAUGCGAGAGUGCGCUGGCGAACCGUUGUACUUGUUAUUCCGUGCCAUGAAGCAACAAGUAGACAAGGGACCAGUCGAUGCCAUUACCUCAGAGGCUAGGUACUCGUUAUCAGAGGAAAAACUCAUUAGACAGUCGAUUGAUUUCAAAGCAAUGACGGCCUACGUAUCGAUUUCGCAACAGACAAUAUACGGAGGUGGCGUGGAUCCGAAUACUGAAAAUAUUCCAGUAAAAGUUUUAGACUGUGAUACAAUUUCCCAAGUCAAGGAGAAGGCACUUGAUACCAUAUACAGAUCUACACCCUACAGUUUGAGACCAAGAAAGGAAGAUCUGGAUCUUGAAUGGAGAACGGGAGCUUCUGGCAGGCUGAUCCUGUACGACGAAGACUCGACUACCAAGACGGAAGGCGAAUGGAAGAAACGCAACACGCUGAAUCACUACCGCGUACCAGAUGGCGCCUCCCUUAACCUAGUCAACAAGCAAUCGUCUGUUUACAAUCUUUCCAUCUUAAGUGAGAAAACCGAUAAAUCACACAAAUAUGAAACUCUGAAUCUCAGCAAGUUCAGUUCGGCAAGUCCACCUCUAUCCCGUGCUACUUCGCCACUGAAUCACGAUCACGAUGGUGGCCUCAAAGUCUGGCAUCUUGUAAAACACCACGACACAGACGCGCAGAAGGAAGGCGAACGCGGCAACAAAAUGGUUUCAGAAAUUUAUCUCACAAGGCUGUUGGCUACCAAGGGUACACUGCAAAAGUUCGUCGACGACCUCUUCGAAACGAUAUUCAGCACAGCUCAUCGCGGAUCUGCUCUACCACUUGCAAUCAAAUACAUGUUCGAUUUCUUGGAUGAUCAAGCGCUCCACCACCAGAUCACCGACCCCGAAGUCGUGCACACGUGGAAGAGUAAUCUGCUGCCUCUAAGGUUCUGGGUGAAUCUUAUCAAGAAUCCAAACUUCAUAUUCGACAUUCACAAGUCAAACAUCGUCGAUUCGUGCUUCUCGGUUGUUGCGCAAACAUUUAUGGACAGCUGCUCUACGUCAGACCAUAGAUUAGGCAAGGAUUCACCGAGCUCCAAACUUUUAUAUGCCAAGGACAUUCCAGUUUACAAAGAGUGGGUAGAACGGUACUACUCCGACAUCAAACUCAUGCAAGCCAUAUCUGAUCAAGACAUGAAUGCCAUGCUUGCAGAAGAAUCAAGACUGCACCAGAACGAAUUUAAUACGAAUUGCGCCCUGUACGAGCUCUAUACCUACGCAAGCAAGUACAACGAGCAGCUUACGGUGACCCUUGAGGAGGACGAAUUCUCGACGAAACAGAGAUUGGCUUACAAGCUCGAACAGGUCCAUAAUAUAAUGGCCGCCGAUGGCAACCCCUGAUGUCCCGUUUAUACGAGCAAGCGCUCGAACAAUUCGGUGCGAAACGAGCUGCCCUGCUGAGGCCUGAGGAGCUCGACGGUAGGUAGCAGCAGCGGCACUUGUAGCAGCGCAGCCACCGCCGUCGACGACUACUGGCACGUCUCCGGCCUACUCGACGCCGAGCACCAGUACCUCCUUGCCUCGCCGCCGCCCGCAAAACGCCCGGACCCUACGACACCGAGUGCUAGCCGUAGAUAAAGCGCAUUGCGAAAGUAUUCGUAAAUCGCUCUCGAUAAAAAGUGUGCAUUUCACUGCAGUGCAAUUCACCACCGUCGACCUUGUGUUGUUUUCUUGGAAUUGCCAAAAGCGCAAGUGGUGGUUGUUUUCUUCCUUUCUCCACAGCAAGAAAGAUUUUCGAGGGACGCUUACUUUUCGAGCGCGAGUGAAAAUGAAAGCACGAUUAUGAAUUGUGCACUGCGAGCAGUUAAACGAACAAGUGUAAAUAACGAAAUAUUGAGCGCGCGUCUUUAUCAUUAUUGUAUCUAGGUUUAUCGAAUAAGCGAGUGUAUGCUGUGCGUUACAAACAACGCCAAUAAGAGCCACUUUCCGGCUGGUUAAAAAUUCCGGUUUUGUCCCUUGCAAAUGAACAAAUGACGUUCUUUUAGCGCACAUUAAGGCCAGAAUUUUCCAACGCUAUACUCGGUACUUUUUAAUACAAGGAGCAGUCGCCAGGUCCGAAUCGUGGAUAAAUCGACUAGUUUAGCAAUAAGAGUAUUACAUGGAAUCACGCAAGAUUCCCUUUUUUUCAUAAUUACGUACUCCGAGAGUAAUUUUUUGUAUUCUUUUAUUAUGUAAAUUUUGUAAAGUCUUUUUUACGAAGGUCCAGCGCGUUGAUUUUUAUUCGAUCCUAGUUUACAUCGCGUAUCAAAUUAAUGAUAGGCUGGAUACUCGAAGAACACUUGUAUACAAUUAUGCCAACGGGGCGAAUUAAAAUGUCAGUCGAAAAUUUUUUGUAUAUUUGUGCAAGCCACUGCCAAAGCGGCUCCGGUAAAUUCGGUGGUCUCGAAAAUAUGAAGGAUAGGCGAGAUUUCUUGUACGAAUACACAUCUCCAUCCACUGAAAUGUUUGAGAAAAAAAAAUGAAAAAACAAGAAUAGAUAAUGAUAAUGAAUGUCGUGAUAAGAGGAAUACAUAACAAGUCAUCGAUAAUCGCUAUUGUCUUAAUCGACCGAUCGAUGCAGAUACAUGAUAGUUAUAUUAUUAAUAAUUAUAAUUAUAUACAUUGAUGGUAUGUCAUUAUGUAUAUGUGUACAUAUAUACACACUUAUUACACCGACGCGACGCGUGUAUAUGUAUAUAUAUCUAGGCUAGAAAAUAUCAUCAAUCCCAAUGACGUAUGAUUGAAGAAGCUUCUCCCGCCCUUCUCCCAUUUAUUACAACUUAACAAGGAUUCGUUUUUCACUUCGUUUUUCAACCUACGGGACUGACUUUAAUGAAGUUAUGAAGGGUCAAAUUUACUAUUAUCAAGUUAUAAAUAUACUAUUACGGUAAAAUAUUAAACGAUGAUAUCUAAUAUGAGAAAAAAAAUUGUUACGUUACUUUUUUUACUUCAAAUUCGGCAUUUGAAAUAAAAAAAUUAAACGUACAAUAAAUUUUCCAUUAGCUAGUUAGUGUAACAAUUUCCCUUCAAGAUUGACCGUUGUUGUAAAGUCGGUCACGGUUUCUCGAGCAUUCCAUCUUAAACAAGAGAAAAGAAGGCGCAUUAAAAAAUACGAGUCCUGGGAGGCGGGAAGGGAAAAGUUAAGAAAAAGCAAGCUGACAAAGAUAUGAGUACAUCUGGCGAUAAAAAUAUAAAGUGUAUGAGCGUGAACCAGACGCAUUUUUCGAGAACAGACUGUGUAUUAGCUAGUAGGAUUAACUUUACGAUUAAACAUGGAAAAGUAAAAUGCAAGUUUUUGGACUAUUUGGCCGAUCGCGUGGACGCCUCGAUGUUGUGUUGAGUGUUUUCGCGUGCUUCCUCAUCUAUUCUUUCGGUCUCUUCGCAAAAAAACAGUUAGCCCUCUUUGUCUCUUCUUAGAGGACUCAGACAAAUUUACUUGAUAAUUAAUGUCUAUCGCACAAGUAGGCAAUUCAAUGUCAUCUUUUUGAAAUUAUAAUACUUGAUGAUUGAAUUUCUUUGCAUAUUAUUCAUUAAAGAAAUAUGACUUUGAGAGACGAUUCGUCAGAGGGACUCUGUAAACUUGCAUAAAAGGAAGUGUCGAAGUGUGCGUAUGCGCGUGCGUUCUUGAACCACCGUCUAUUCUUAUGAUUGUUAUUGUCAUUUAUCAUCUAAAAAAUCAUCAUUCACACAUCACCAUCGUAUCGUUGUCGUGUCAUCAUCGUCAUUGUUCGCUGUCAUUGUGUCUACACACCGCCAUAAGAGUUCUCGGACCGAAAUAAUUAGGACCUUUGACUCGCAAUCUUUAAGCUCCUAUGAAGCAUUCUUGUCCUUCUUUACACUCCCUAUUAAUCCAAAUAAAGUAAAAAAAUAGUAACUUCACCUUUCACAAAUCCUGGACCUUCUCCGUAACAAGAACCCCAAAAUCCUUUUGUAGGUAAUCAGCUUCAACGCCACCGUCGUCAUGUUGUUGUCACUCUUAAUUAUUAAUAAUUGUAAUAUAUAUAACAAAAAAAUAACGAUCACUGUUGAGUAUUGUCUGGUUGUAUUAACAUUGAUAUUGAAUCGGUAUGAAUUGAUAAUCAUUAAUUAAACGUCGACAUUACUCCGUGGAUGUAUUCAUAAGAAAAAAAUUUGGUGUGGUGUGUCUGGCUGUGUGAACUAUUGACUUCAUAAUUGUUUAGCUACGUAUAUGCGCUGAAGCAAGACUUGACGUUUAAAAAAUAAAUCAUCUUUUUAAUUGAAUAUAUUUUUUUAAGAUUAUUAAUAUCACUGUUCAGUGUAUAAUAUAAAAUUACACUUUUUAAGUUAUUUUUAAUUCUUUUAAAAACUGUUUUUAUUUUUAACCUGUCAUUCUGAAAUUUGUUGACUGUAGUUAAACAAAGAUGAUGCAUUUUUUAAACCAAAAGGCCAAGCGAUUCCCUUGUAGGUGCGCGAGUGAUAUGCGUGUAUAUGCGUGCAUGCGCGUUAUCAUUAAAAAAAAAAAACGAUUCUUGAAUGUCCUGUGCGUCAAUUCAAUGUGCAAGUCGUGCAGCAGAGAAAGUAUUUAUUGCUCAAAAAGAUAGACAAAAAAUCGAUGAUGGAUAAGAACCAAGAUGAAUUUUUAAUGCGAGCGUGAACAAAAUCAUGUGUGAAAGCAAUAGCGGGGAAAUCUGCUAGCAAUUGCCAGAAUGUGAAACUCGACGUUUUAUAUGAAUUCUUCUUUUUUGUAAGACACUUUCGUCCUGUUUCAUACAUAAAAACAAAGAAAAUAUGUU